GGAAAUUUGACGAAGUGAAUGAAUUGAGCUGGCAAUGCGUGAAGGUAGUGGGUAUGACGCCAACAGGAUCUAGAAAAUGGCAUCCUAUUUGAUAAGUGACGUGAAUCAUUUAAAAUUUACAUUUUCGUUGUGUACAAUGGUACGGAAAGCAAGGUUGUAUAGCGCACCCUCAUCAAUUACGCCUCAGCGAGUGUUUAUACGCGAAAAUGUAACACAAUUUCCACUUAGUGCCAAGUUGAAAAAGCCUAUGUGUGAAAGCGUCAUAGAAUGGACGUGUAUGUACGGUGUGUGCGCGUGUGUGUGCGUUCGUGCAUGUGCGCCAGAGAGCGAAGAACAAGGGAACGUGGGGGAUUAAAGUUCACUGUGACCGUGAAAAGUGUUUACGAUGCAUCGAUGAAAAUUCGCUGCCUCAAUCGCGAUCUACGCGCCUCUUGCCUGAAUCGCAAUUCGGCAUGCAAAUUAUAGUUAUAGAACGUGAAGUUUCACCAUGCACUUACUAACGUUAUCCUCUAUUUUCCAUCUCUUCCCUCUCGUCAUCCGGUAGGACUGCCGCGGAUCGUUUCCGGUGGUGAAGUGCACCUACUGUCGCUCGGAGUUCCAGCAAACGUCCAAGGGUAGCACGUCCGCAAUCUGCCGAAAGUGUGAAGCGAACGUGAAGCAGUAUGGAAAGCCAUCCGCCUGCGAACUCUGCAACAUCAUUGCAGCAUUCAUCGGAUCCAAAUGCCAAAGGUUGAUGGCAAACUGCUCUGCUGGUUGUGCACGCUGUCAUACAAACGUGCCCUCACUAAAGCCCGCCAGGUAGAGAGCGAACGCCGAAGGGCGAAGAAACGUGCGGCCGAAGGAUCUUUCCCACCUCCACUGAGCGGAAGUGGAACGACCGGUGGUAGCAAUGAUAGGCGCGAUCGUAUGCACGAGAAGAUGGGCAAUGCCGGCGGACAGGGUAAUAGUGGAGGAAUGAAUCUACCGGGCGGUGGCAGUAUGUCUGGCCUGCCACCACUCGGCGAUCUGAACAUGAGCCACGUACCCAUGGGUGGACCGGGUGGUGUCGGUCCUGCCGGUGGCACUGGGGUUGAUCGCAUAGACAGCGGUGGCCCGGGUGGUGGUGGUAGUGGUGGCGUUACGGGUGGUGCUGGUGGUGGACGAAAUGAUAACGGUAGACAUUCGUCCUCCUCCAACAAAAAGCCACGCUCUGAUACGGGUAAAAUGGUACCGGAUAUGCCGACCGAUAAGCUACUAAUGAAGAGCGCCAACAGUGGCAGUGGCGGUAGCGGUGGUUACGUGGAUCCUCACAGCUCCGAUCACGUGAUCGCGAUGACGCAGCUCAAGGAAACGAUAGCAACGCUGCAGCGAAAGCUCAAGCAGAAGGAUGGCGUCAUACUGGAGAAGGAGAAAGAGAUCAGUGCCUGGAAGGGAAAACACUUUCAUCUCGAGCAGGAAUUGAUGAAGAAGUAUAAAGACAUGGAGAAAAACUACGAGUUCAAGCUGGACGUGCUCAACAAGAAGCUCAAAGCUCAGCUGCUCGAGAUCGCCGCCCUUUCGAAAGCGGUCAAAGAGCGGGACGAGAACAAAAAGAAAAAGGUGGUGGUUAGCGCGUAUCUGACUACGACAAAGCUUAGCAAAAUAAGCAAAUCAUCCGGUGAUUCGAAGGACAGUUCGGAUAAGGAGAAAUCGUCAUCGACGCUCGGUCGCAGCGGUGGCGGUCGAAACCGGAUGCUGGACGACGACGACGAUGAGGACGAUGACGAAAAUGGCAGCAACAAAGAGGAUAAAGAAAAUGACAGCGAAAAGGGCUCGGAUAAGGGUGGGUCCGGGAGAAAUACACCGCGCGACAGUGGCAAGGAUAGCCCGCGUGAUGUGGAUUCGGGUAAGGAAAGUCCUCGAGAAUCCGAUAAGGAGGAUGAAAGUGAAAAGAAAUCUAUGAAACGAGGCAUCGAACAGCAACAGCAGCUGCAGAAUGAAGACUCACAAAAUGCUUCCGAACCACCGCUGGAAGCAUACGAGGAACAUGCGAAAGCAAACAAGAGCAAUGGUUCAUCGACGAAGGAUGAAGACGAUUCCGACCGGGAAGAGGAGAAAGAUGAUCGCCGUAGUUCGGAUCGCGGAUCGGAUGACGGUUCGGAGCAGUGUUCGGAUCGUGGUUCGGACCGGGGCGGAUCCGGUCGUGGUUCAGAUCGAAGUGACAACGAUUCAGAUAAGGAGAGCGAUCGAGAGGAUCAUUCCGACAAGGGUGGAAGCGAUAAAGAUAGUGACCGAGAGGGAUCAAACAGCGGUUCCGAGAGCGAUCGCGAUUCGGAUUAGAUAAAAAAGAAAAUAGAAAGCUGCGUAUUUUAUGUGACAAGGUGCAUCUCUUUCGAUGAGAUGGUGCACCGCUUAAUGCUCGCGUUCACUGUAAAGUGGGAAAGCAUCCGCUCCCCUUAUGCUCCAUUUAUUUUAACACUAUUUAAAUUAUAACAAAAGCAACAAGGUUUUGUGUACAUAAUAUGUGCGCGCUACACUUUUCCAACGCUCGUAUAAUGGAGGGAGAUUCGAUUGUCUCAUUUAGCAGAUCGUCAUUGGUGUUUUAACUACAGGCAAUGUUAAUGCUUUUCUACAGGCUCAUAAUUUAAUAGGCGCGUGCGUAUCAUACUCGGGAAUUGUGUUUUUUGAGAUAUGGUAUUUCUGUUCAGUAGCGUCCAUUUUUUCAUGAUCAAACGAUUCAUUUUAAUAUUGUAAAGUUAGUUUUUUUAGCAUCGCCAAUCACUUCAUCUGAACGGUGAUUUGGUAGCAGAUUGUACACUCAAGUCGCAUACAGAUUGGUACCAAUUUUGUAAAUCAUGCGCGUGGUUAUUUGUUUCUUCCAGAUAUCGAAACUGAACACCACCCCAACCCCUUCAGAAACACUUUUCUGCGCAGAAUGUGGAAAAAGGAUACAAAUAAAGAUAUGGAAAAUAAUCAA